UUCUGCAUAGUCUUAUCUUGCAUUUGAGGAGAGGUUGUUGAUCGUAGUACUCUUACCAAAAUAUCAAAAAGUAGUCCCCACCUAUACUCUCUUUGUGUGGCUUGCACUCUCCACGUAAAUCAAAUUAAUCUUAUCUUCUCCACCACCAUGCACCCUCGUCAUUAUGGGCUGCUCCUCCACCCUCCUCCCUACUCCUCCUCAUCUCCACCGCCAUCACCCCACCCCCUCCCUCUCUCCACCCCACUUCAACCGCCGCUCUCUCCUCUUCCUCUCUACCACCCUCACACUCCCCACCACCCUCUCCAUCGCCGCGCCAUCUUCACCAGACACCACCAUCACAGACCGUGUCUUCUUAGACUUCAGCAUUUGUCCGAAUUACUUCACAAACAGAAAUCUUGGUGAUGAUCUCUCAAGCUGCUCAGAUAUCGAACCUAUAGGCCGAGUUAUCCUCGGCCUUUAUGGUAACAUAGUUCCAAUCACUGUAUCAAAUUUCAAAGCCAUGUGUAAUGGAUCAUCAGGAUCAACAUACAAAGGUACAUUGGUGCAGAAGAUUUUCCCAGGACAGUUUUUUAUGGCAGGAAGACAAGGGAGGAGAGAUAAAGGAGAAGUGAAACCACCAAUGAAGUUAGUUAGGAAUGUUGAGACAGUUGAAUCUAAAGCAUUUGUAUUGGGACAUUCUAGAAGUGGAGUUGUUUCUUUGAAUUUAUCUGAGAAUGAUGAUGAUGAUGAUUUAAAGAUGAAUCCUGAGUAUCAUAAUGUGGAGUUUUUGAUUACUACUGGACCUGGUCCUUGUCCUCAGCUUGAUAACAAGAAUAUUGUUUUUGGAACUGUUCUUGAAGGUUUGGAUAUUGUGACAACUAUAGCAGCCAUUCCCACUUAUACACCAUCCAAAAAUAUUCGACAAUAUAAUGAUUUCGCUGAGUUUAUUGGAGAUGGAAGAGCCAAAAAUGCUCGUGCAAUCUGGAAUAAGCCACUCAAAACUGUUUAUAUCAGUGAUUGUGGAGAACUCAAAGUAGCAAAGCCUACACUUUCUCCUAGCCUACCUUGAUAUGUUGAACAUUUAGUUCAGGUUACUCAUAUCAUUUUCAUACACACAUUUUUACCAUGACUUGUAAAGUGUUCUCUUUUCUGCAUGUUACAUUGAGAGAUCAAAAGGAUUUACAUAAUGCAGAACUUUUAAGUUGAGAAGUCCA